UACUGCUGCAUGUGAAUUUAGUGCUGCUAAGAUACAUCAGCUGCUGUCUACAUUGGAAAGCAUUGCUUAUAAAAUUGAAUUACUGACUGAGAAGGAAGCCCUUUGUGAAAGACAGAAUGCUGAACUGUGUAAGGAGCAAGAAUAUUUGCAGGCACAGCAUAAAGAAAGAGUAGACUUGCUGAAUGAAAGGAUGGCAGCAAAAGUUAACACAAAUGCUCUCUUAACUGAAACUUGUGAUAAAACAAGACAGAAAGAAAAAGAAAUAAUUAGUACAAAGGCAGCAUUAGCAGAACUUAAAGAAAAAAUAGCUGAAAAAAUGAGUAAACUUGAAAAAGAUGAAGAAGGAUAUGAUAAAGAGAAUACGGAAAUGAAAAAAUUCCUUGAAUCUCAGGAGGCAAAAAUAUCCCAGAAAAAGCAUGAAUUUGAGAACUUGAAUGUAAAAUCUUCAGAUCUGCAGCAUUUGAUAAGUCUGAAGUCAACAGCUGUACUUGAUGAAGAAAUUGCUCUAGAAAAUCUGAGAGAAGAAAGCAAGCAACUAGAAAAAAGCUUGGAAUUUAGAAAAAUAGAUAUGCUGGCACUCUUAGAACAGAAGAUUCAGCUUGAAUCUGAAUUACUGCAUUUACAAUCAAAAAUUGCCCAAGAAAAGGAACAUUUCAAUAAGGAACUUGUAAAAACUAAGGAAGAUCUAUGCGAUGCUAAAUACCUGAAUAAAAAACUGAAAUCAGAAAAUGAAGCUCUGCACCAAAAGUAUGAACAAGUACUGGAAGAACAGCAGCUCUAGACUAUAGAAAGAGAUGAGGUAGUGGCAAAAUCAGAGGAAUUCUCUUUUUUAUUGAAGAAAAAGUUCAGCUCGCUGGAAAAUCGCAACGAAAAAGAAAUGCCUAGAGAAAAUAAUUGAAAAUCUUGAAGACACCCUACUGUAUGUAAUCUUUAAAUACUGACAAUUGUAAAUGGUCUCAGUACUGUUUGCUCUUCACUUCAGCCAGUUAAAGAGAUACUGAAAUAAACAUUCAGUAGGGAAGUUAAAUGGGUUUGUAAACCGUACUAGUAGGCUGUUACGGAUUUUCAUAGAACAAAGCUGUUAGCUGCCAGUUAACCUAAUUUGAUCUGCAGUUUCUUAUCACCAACCAAUGAACCUACAGAUGAAGAAGGGUACUGAAGCAGAGCAAUAUGUAAAACUUCACAAAUAGUUGUGACUGUGAACUGUAUACUGUGGUACCAGGUUUGGGACCAACCAACUACCUGUUUGUUAUGGUGGUAUCUAAGAAAAUCUGCUUUUACUCAGCUAAAUCUAGG